AUGAGGAACCUGUCGGAUGUUUUUGCAGAGGCAAUAUCUACCCAUCAGGUCCUUUCAUUGUACCAGGGCCUGGGAACCAAGAACUUGCAAUCUUUCAUUGCUCAGUUUGUCUACUUCUAUGGGUAUAGCUACUUCAAAAGGUUGUAUCUGGAAAGGACUGGUUUCAAAUCCAUUGGAACAAGAGCUAACUUGAUUCUUGCUGCUGCUGCUGGGGCAUGUACUGCCAUUGUGACUCAGCCACUGGAUACAGCAUCAUCGAGGAUGCAGACAAGCGCUUUUGGAAAAUCAAAAGGGCUUUGGCAAACACUUACGGAGGCAGUUGGAGUGAAGCAUUUGACGGCCUUGGCAUCUCUCUUCUUUUGA